AAUGUAAAGAGGCUAGAAACCGUGAAUAUGGUAUUUUGGAUGCAUGCUGCGCUGUAACAAUCACCCUAUGCGUUGAUGUCUUCACCGGCAUAUGUUACGACUUUAUCUCCCUUCGUCACCAAUGCACAGAGACACUGUGUUCCUGUUCCAGGUGCUCAUGUAGAGGGCCUAUCGACGAAGAAAUCGACGAAAGAGAGCCACUUGUACCUGAGAGAAGACAACCAAGUCCACACCCACCUAUGCGCAGUACAGGUUAGAGCUACGUUUGGACGCCGAAGAUAGAUGUAUCAAGCUAUGAUGUACUUCAUGACGAGUUGUAUACAUACUCCUUUCCCUCAUAUAAUAUUGUUUGGACUC